GUUUGCGCAGCGGGUAUAUCAUGCGUCCAGCGUGCUUGACCGUCGUUACGCUUUUGUUUUGCAACAACGUAACCGCGAUAAAAUUGGGGUACGUGCCCUUUUUCGGCAACGAUAAUGAAAAUGUGGAAUUUUUUGACGCGAUUGAGGUUCUUAUUAAAAGCAGUGAUUCCUUGAAUCCAAUUUGCAAGAACCACACUCUUUUGUACUUGAAGGAUCUAAAGAGUUUUAGAAUAUGGGCUUCGGAUAUGUUUGAUGCUUCUACAAAAUUUUCAAGUGGUAGGCUUUACGGCGAAACUUACGAUUUUGGCAACUAUGAUGAGUGUAUUGAAGUCGUGGUUCCUAAUGAGUACGGAGAGUUUACUGGAAGACCAUGUUUAGCCAAAUUUACCGUGGAACCACCGAAAAAAUAUAAGAAGAAGAAACAUUUAUCCGACUACAGAAAGUUUUACAAUCAGUCCAUGCUGGAUCAAAUCUUCAGCCACCUUGGUGACCCAUCUAGAGUACCCAGAAAUGAAUUUUAUUACACAUACUGUAUACCAUCUUCCUGUACGAAUGAGGACUUACAAAAUAUUUUGGAUGAUUUCCUAGAUUUAAAUACAGUUAAUCAAUUUAAGAUUAAAGCUGAAGUUAACAAAAUAACUUGCCAGCUUAGUAUCAAACACGAUUUUAUUGGAGGCGAUUUUGCAUUUUUGGCAUUUGUUGUUGGGUUAUUGGGAUUAAUAUUAAUUGCUUCAUUUUAUGAUUUUAUAAAUAAACUAAGAAGCAAAGAUGAUUCUACAUACACAUACAGAUAUCAAAAACUCCUCUUAUGUUUCUCAUUUCCGAGAAAUCUACGAAAACUGGUUACAAUUAAAAAUGACGACAAAGAUGGGCUUAGCUGUAUCGGUGGAUUAAAAGCAAUUACUAUGGCAUUAAUAAUUCUUGGACAUGGACUUAUGUUUAUUAUCAGCUCUCCCAUGCAAAAUCCCAUAUUUGUGGAAAAUAUGUAUUCAAGAAUGACGACAGUAGUUUUGUUAAAUGGCCCAGUGGUUGUUGAUACAUUUUUUCUUAUUUCUGGAUUUUUAACUUCAUAUUUAAUGCUUCUUAAACUGCAUAAAAGAAACAGAGGAAUCAACAUAUUUUUGCUCUACAUUCAUAGAAUAUUAAGGUUAACACCUUCUUAUGCUUUUAUAAUAGCAUUCUAUUGCACAGUGUUUUCAAAACUUGGUUCAGGAUUAUUCUGGCAUAAAAAAAUCGUUGUCGAACAGGAAAGAUGUCAAGCCAGCUGGUGGGCUAACCUUUUAUACAUAAACAACUACAUUAAAAAAGAUGAAAUCUGCAUGUUUCAAUCAUGGUAUUUAUCCUGUGAAAUACAUCUGUUUAUGGUAUCAGUUCUAUUGGUACUAUUUUUAUGGAAAAAACCCAGAAAAGCUAUUAUUACCAUUAGCACAACUCUAAUCGUAUCAAUUACAGCAGUAUUUUUAACAGUCUACAUUUAUGACGAAGAAGCUAUUUUACUAUUAUACGUACAUUUCCUUAAGGAUCCAGUUUUAAACAGCACUUACAAAAGUGUUUAUAUACCGAGUCAUCUUCGGUUGACGCCGUAUCUAAUCGGUAUAUUGGUAGGGUAUCUUCGUUAUAAGAUUAAAAAACACAACUAUAAAAUGUCACGACUCGUGUGCACUACCGGAUGGUUUAUUUGCAUGGUUGUCAUGUUAACCACAAUGUACUCUGGAUACGUAUUUUAUAAUCAGGAAAUACCAAAAAGUAUUAUUUUUAAUGCUGUUUACUCGUCGAUGUACCAUUUGACUUGGGGUGCAUCUAUAUCUUGGAUAAUUAUUGCAGUUUCAUGUGGAUAUGGAGGUAAUUCAUUUUUGUAAUACGAGUUGUGUUCAGAAAAUAUCGGGAAUUUUCG